UCAUUUAUCCAUUUGGAACAAAAUCAACUUCCGCGAACGCCGACAAUGGAGGCGCUGUAUUUCUCCACUUCAGCACCACCCGUUCUUCCAUUUCGGAAAACCGUUGGCUCUCGAACCAUUUCAAAAUCCUCGAUUCUCUUCCCUUCUUCAUCAAAGUCUCGAUUCGCAACGAUUUGCAGGCAAAGAAUCGAUGGAGAAGAUACGCCUCUCUCCAAUGCUAUGGAUGCUUACAAAUUGUUCGGCGUCGACCCGACCUGCUCCGAAUCCGAGCUGAAAGCCGCUUUUCGAGCUAAAGUGAAGGAAUUCCAUCCAGACGUGAAUAGAGAUGGAAAUUAUUCCGAUUCUAUGAUUCGUCGUGUAAUUCAGGCGUACGAGAUGUUAUCCAGUUGCAGCCGAACCGAGUUCAUUGAGAGGGAAUGUUUAGAUCCUUUUGAAAACCCAGAAUGUGAUGCAUUUGAUGUCUUUGUUAACGAGUUUCUUUGUGUUGGAAAAGGCUGCCCAUAUUCGUGUGUAGGCAGAGCUCCCCAUGUCUUCACUUUUGCUUCGUCCACCGGGACAGCCCGGGCGACUUCUCAAGGACACGGUGAAGAUUAUCAGGUUCAAAUUGCAGUUGGCCAAUGCCCCAGAAGCUGUAUACAUUAUGUAACACCUUUGCAAAGAAUCAUUCUGGAAGAGCUACUUGACAGUGCCUUGGAUGUGCCGUAUGAUAAUUCCGCAGAGUCAGAUUUACUAUAUUCUCUUAUAGUGAAAUCAAGAUUCGAGAAUAAUCGAUACAGAAAGCCGAAGAGGGAGCCAAAGACGUCGACCGAACGAGUCGAUUGGUAUUGAAAUUUUGAUUUUACAGUCUCGUCUUGAACUGAAUCAAGAAGAAGCCAAUGCAGGUGACAAAAUAUUCUCAAUAUCUAUAUCUAUUCUUUUAAAAAAUGUUUUUUCUUAGUCAUCGAAUUUUCUUUAUAUAUAUAUAUUAUAGACAAAAUUUGAUU